AUGGAAAAACUAGAUAUGUGGAUGAAAGAGAUAGAUGUAGGAAACAGAGAUGUAGAUAACAGAGAUGUAGAAAACAGAGAUGUAGGAAACAGAGAUGUAGAUAACAGAGAUGUAGAAAACAGAGAUGUAGAUAACAGAGAUGUAGAAAACAGAGAUGUAGAUAACAGAGAUAUAGAAAACAGAGAUGUAGGAAACAGAGAUGGCGAUAACAGAUUUAUAGAAAACAGAGAUGUAGUAAACAGAGAUGUAAAUAACAGAGAUGUAGAAAACAGAGAUGUAGAUAACAGAGAUGUAGAAAACAGAGAUAUAGAUAACAGAGUUAUAGAAAACAGAGAUAUAGUAAACAGAGGUGUAGUAAACAGAGAUAGAUGUAGAAAACAGAGAUAUAGAAAACAGAGUUUAGAAAACAGAGAAAUAGUUAACAGAGACAUAGGAAACAGAGAUGUAGUAAACAGAGAUGUAGAAAACAGAGAUGUAGAAAACAGAGAUGUAGAUGACAGAGAUGUGGAUAACAGAGAUGUAGAAAACAGAGAUGUAGAAAAUAGAGAUGUAGAUUACAGAGAUGUAGUAAGCAGAGAUGUAGUAAACAGAGAUGUAGAUAACAGAGAUGAAGAUGAUACAGAUAAAGAAAACAGAGAUGUCGAUAACAGAUAUGUAGAAAACAGACACAUAGAUAACAGAUAUGUAGAAAACAGAGAUGUAGAUAACAGAUAUGUAGAAAACAAUCGUGUAGAUAAAAAAGAUUUAGAAAACAGACACGUAGAUAACAGAGAUGUAGAAAACAAAGGUGUAGAUAACAGAGAUGUGGAAAACAGAGAUGUAAAUAACAGAGAAUGUGAAAGCAGAGAUGUAGAUAACAGGGAUGUAGAAACAGAAAUAGAUGUAGGAAACAGAGAUGUCGAUAACAGAGAUAUAGAUAACAGAGAUGUAGAUAACAGAGAUGUAGAAAACAGAGAUGUAGAUGACAGAGAUGUGGAUAACAGAGAUGUAGAAAACAGAGAUGUAGAAAAUAGAGAUGUAGAUGACAGAGAUGUGGAUAACAGAGAUGUAGAAAACAGAGAUGUAGAAAAUAGAGAUGUAGUAAACAGAGAUGUAGUAAACAGAGAUGUAGUAAACAGAGAUGUAGAUAACAGAGAUGAAGAUGACACAGAUAAAGAAAACAGAGAUGUCGAUAACAGAGAUGUAGAAAACAGACACGUAGAUAACAGAUAUGUAGAAAACAGAGAUGUAGAUAACAGAUAUGUAGAAAACAAUGGUGUAGAUAACAAAGAUAUAGAAAACAGACACGUAGAUAACAGAGAUGAAGAAAACAAAGGUGUAGAUAACAGAGAUGUGGAAAACAGAGAUGGAUGUAGAAACAGAAAUGUAGAAAACAAAGGUGUAGAUAACAGAGAUUUAGAAAACAGACACGUAUAUUACAAAGACGAAGAAAACAAAGGUGUAGAUAACAGAGAUGUAGAUAACAAAGGUGUAGAUAACAGAGAUGUGGAAAACAGAGAUGUAAAUAACAGAGAAUGUGAAAGCAGAGAUGUAGAUAACAGGGAUGUAGAAACAGAAAUAGAUGUAGAUAACAGAGAUGUAGAAAACAGACAUGUAGACAACAAAGAUGUAGGUAAUAUAGAUGUAGGUAACAGAGAUUUAGAAAACAGACAUGUAGAAAACAGAGAUAUAGAAAACAAACAAGUAGAUAACAGAGAUGUAGAAAACGGAGAUGUAUAUAUCAUAUAUGUAGAUAACAGAGAUGUAGAAAACAGACAUGUAGAUAACAGAGAUGUAGAAAACAGAGAUUUAGCAAACAGCGAUGAAGAUAACAACGAUGUAGAGAGGUGUAGAAAACAGAGAUGUAGAAAACAGAGUUUUAGAAAAAAGAGAUGUAGAAAACAGAGAUGUAGGAAACAGACAUGA